UCUAUUAUUAAUUUCGUGGAAAAAAGAAAUUGUCUAAAAAUGAAACAAAAAAUUUAUACUAUUUUGGCAUCCGUAGCCAUUAUUGGUUGUUUUGUUCCUCAAACAGAGGCAAUAAUGGAAGAUGCAAUUCUGGAUUUUUUAGAGGAAAUACGCAAUCGUAUGUGUUAUCCCUUAUUUGGUUUGCCAGCCCUAGAUCCUUUUGAAAUUGAACAUGCUGAUUUUAAUAUGGAUAAUAAAUAUGUAGUGGACUUGAUCGGAUCGGUAACUGAUUUACGUUUAACUGGUUUGUCAGAUUUUAAUGUAACCGAUCUAAAAAUCUCUACAAUACCGUUAAGACGCUCAAAUUUUAACAUUGUUUUGCCUUUAACCGCUUUAAAAUCUUUAUAUAAAGCUAAGGGUUCAUUAGCCUAUAUUGUUUAUUUGGAUGGAGAUGGCAAGGCUGAAGGUCAUAUUGACGAUGUCAAGCUGUCGAUUUCUUGGGUAUUAAAAACUGGCCUAACUAUGGGUAUACGCAACUUAAAGAUAGAACUUAGCAUUGGUGACUUGUUUAUAGACAUUGAAAAUCUUAUGGAAGAGCAAAGAAUUACUGAUUUCUUACAUGCUUUAAUCAACGAACUGGGUAUAGAAUUAUUAAAUGAUGUAUGGAUAGAAGCCCAAGAUAGAGGUAUUGUACAAUAUGCUGAAGAUACCAUAAACAAAUUUCUGGGAAAUUACAGCCUUAGCGAUAUUAUAAGAAUUAUUGGAGGUAUAGCUAGCGGUGGUGGCAGUGAGGAACCUCCAUUUGGCGGUGCUCCCGCCGAUUGCAAAACAAAAUAUUAAUCUAAAGACUGACUGUAAAAGUGUGAUAAUUUAGUUAUUUAUGUAUAUUACUGGUAGUAUGUGUUUUAUAUUUGUAACAUUUAUGUAGAAAAAGAAACAAUAA